AUGGCUGCAACUGCAACAACCCUAGCAGAGAUUGAAAAGACAAUCAAAAAUGCGAUUCCCAAACACUGCUUCAACCGCUCUCUCCUCAUUUCCUCUGCCUACGUCGUCCGCGAUCUCCUCUACGCCUCCGUCCUCUUCUACUUUGCCCUGCACAUUGACACCCUCUUUUCCUCGCAACUCCUCCGCAUCCUCGCCUGGACCGCCUACGGUUUCAUGCAAGGCUGCGUCGGCACCGGAAUCUGGAUCCUCGCACACGAAUGCGGCCAUGGAGCUUUCUCCCCAUACCAAACGUGGAACGAUGUCGUCGGAUGGACAUUGCACUCCCUCCUGAUGGUCCCGUAUUUCAGCUGGAAGAUCACGCACGCUCGACACCACCGGUACACAAACAACACAGAGCGAGAUACAGCAUUUGUCCCCUGGACAGAGAAGGAAUACGACACUCGCCCGCGCUACUUCCCUGCCUGGUUUGAGAUGUUUGAGGACACGCCCGUCUACAACCUUAUUAGCCUACUGGCGCAUCAGAUCGCAGGAUGGCAGAUGUAUCUCUGUUUUUACGUUAGCGCCGGCGCAAAGAGUAAGCCUGUACCGCAGGGAAAACAGAGCGGGUGGUUUGGAGGCCAGCAGAGCGCCAGCCACUUUGAUCCGGGCAGUUCGCUGUGGACGGAAAACCAGCGGCAUCUGAUUGCGAUUUCGGACCUGGGGUUGCUGCUUGUUGCGGCGGCAAAUUGGUACCUUGCGCAGCAAGUGGGCGUGCUCCGCAUGGUGCUGAUCUAUGUUGUGCCGUACUUCUGGGUGCACCAUUGGCUUGUGGCGAUCACGUACCUCCACCACACACACCCCUCGAUCCCGCACUACACUGAUAGCACCUGGACGUUCACCAAAGGCGCUCUGUCCACCGUCGACCGCGACUUCGGUUUCAUCGGGCGGCAUUUCUUCCACCAUAUCAUUGACCACCAUGUCGUGCAUCACUUGUUUAACCGGAUCCCGUUCUACCAUGCCGAGGAGGCGACUAAUGCCAUUAUUCCCGUACUCGGGGACAUGUAUCAUCGCGAAGAGACCGGCUUCUUGUGGAGUUUAAUGGAGACGUACAAGAACUGUCGGUUUGUAGGCGUUGAAAAUGAUGUUGGAAAGGAGGGCGUUUUGCAUUGGGUUUUUGAGGAGAAGAAGGGUGCCAAAGCGGAAUAG